GUAAGCCAUGAAAAUGAUACGCAGAUGUGCUGUGUGUUAUGUUGUGUUAGUUUCGCUCCUCUCAAUCUCGUUCGUUCCUUCCACAUGUUCUCCCCAAGUUCUAACAAAUAAUGAAAGUAAAAUAAUAUGUCUUCCGUGUUUGGAAUUUCGUUUCAUCCUGCGCGGUGCGGCGGCAUCCUGGGUCACAGGGUGAUUAUCGUGGGCCGCGGGUCCCAAAGGGUUUCCGGGUCACCCUAUCAGGUGUGGACACGUCACGCGCCGCCCCGCCACAGUCUGCCCCGCCUGACGCUGACCUCCGGCUUAUAAGGUCCCGCACUGGACGCUCAGCACCACACUCACACUUUGCAGGCCAAGGAGAAGGACUCGAGGACACACACACUGACACACACCUUCCUCUCCUCACCAGUCACCAGCCACACGCCAUCACCAUGAACAGCUUCUGCCAGGAACGUGUAGCCGCCGCUAUGGCCGCCGCCCUCGCUGCCAAAGGGUCCGAGAACUCCGUGGAGAUGCAUCGCUACAUGGACAAGCUGAAGGACCUGGUGCCGCAGUGUCCCAAGAACCGCAAAGUGUCCAAGCUGGAGCUGAUACAACACGUCAUCGACUACAUCAGCGACCUGCAGGACACGCUUCAGUCCGACACCGAUUCCGAGAGUCCCCCAGACAGCCCCGUCGAGCACAUGAGCUUCAGCGACGCCUACAGCAUGUCGCCGCCCCAAUCCUACCCCGAGUACGUGCCGCAGGACUCCAGGAGCAUCAUGACCCCCGCAGGCUUCUCUCUCGGCUUCGGGGGCAGCCAGCACGACGCCGGGCAGAGCUACGGUGGCUCCUCCCUAUCUUACAGCAACGACUACGCCAGCGCCUCCGUCUACAGCACUGGGACGUCUGCUGCUGCGGGAUACAGUGCGGGGUGCAGCUCCUUCAGCGGCGCCUUCAGUCCCAUCCUGUAUAGUGACCAGGGUACCGCGCCGCCCCCACGCUUUGCCUCCAGCUGAAGUGUGUGUACGUGUGUGUGUGUGUGUGUGUGUCGCCGUCAAGCCUCUAAUGGCGGCUUUUAUUUUAUUUAUUGAUG